AACCACAGGAAAUUUGUGGUUGCAAAUAGUCGGCCCCUUUAUCCCGCGCCCCAGGUUGAGAGCUGGAUAGACUUUCGAAACGACAUCGAUUUGGAAGCCGCGGGGAACGUAAUUUGCAGGCGGGGCUCGCGGCCGGCGGAGAUCGGCGAUGGCCGCUGCGUCCGCCGGAAAUCACCUCUCUUCCUCUUCUUCUUCUUCUGCUGCUAACAAACCCUUCAAUUUCUCCCCCGAUUCUCCACCGCAACUCCACCUCUCCCCCGAUCAGCUCCGCCACUGUACCGACGCUCUCAGAGCUUUCAAGGACAAGCUCCAGACGCCUCAAGAGAUACGCAAGGAGUUUCGUUCCCUGCAGAGCAAUAGGACAAGAGUAUUAGACAUGAAGAGUAGUUGCUCGGUGGCUCUUGACAGUGUUAAUUAUAGCAAAAACCGCUAUACAGAUAUCUUACCCUAUUCUUUUGCUCAUCUGGUUGGGCAUAAUCAUAUAGAACUCAUUGCAUCAGUUGACAGAAACAGGGUUGUACUUAACCCAUGCAAUGAUUACAGAGCAUCAGCAAGGGGUUAUAUCAAUGCAAGCUUCAUCGAGACAUCUUCAUCUGGAAGUAUUUCUCGGUUCAUAGCCACUCAAGGGCCAUUACCUCACACCUUUGAAGACUUCUGGGAAAUGAUUAGCCAGUAUCGUUGUCCUGUUAUUGUUGUUCUCACUCGGUUGGUUGAUAAUCACAACGUCCUCAACUGUAUGGAGUUCAAGGUAAUAUUUAAGGUCGCGUUAUAUUCAUCAACUGGUAUUAGUUCCUACUUUGGCUUUGCCAAUUUAAGUAUAAAUACUAAUGGGAUGAUACAUCUUGAUGGAACCACGUCUUUAGUUAUCAAUAUUCGACGGUGGUCUAUGCAUAGUACACAUACGUCAGUAUAGAGUAAAUCUUCAUCCCACAUUAACUGUCUUGCGAGACAUGUAGUGUACUUCCUUUCAAGGUACUUUUGAUUGGCAAUAUUUUUCGCAGAGAGUUACAAGUUAUUUGAGUAAAUACAAAGCAAUUUCUGAAAGUCAACAAACUAGCCAUGCUCUUUCAACUUCAAAUUCGACACUUCUUAAUUUCUAUGAUGGAUAUGAGAUCGCAGAAGAGGAAGGAGAUCGAGUUGAACUAGAGGAUGUGAUAUUUGUUGAGCCUAACAUCGAAGAAACAGUGGAUGUCGAUGUAGAAUGCAGUCAUUAUGGGCACAUUGACGCUGAUGGUAAAGAGAAAUUUAACCUUGGUAUUGGCAAAAAAGGAGGAAACUAUAAUUGAAGUUGAUAAUAAAAAAAUUGGUAUCGAUGUUGGUGAUCAAGUUGUUGAUGACCAAAAUAAUUGUCCAUUGGAGGUGGUUGAUACUAUCAAUGAGGAGAUUUUGGUCAGCGACAUUGGCAAAAGUAAAUUGGUGUUCGUAAAAAUUCGGCUAACAAUCAUGUCGAAGCAUACAUCCACAUAAUGGAUUCAAACCACGAUUGUGGGCAAAACAAAAUUAAUGAUGCUAAUUUUGUCAAGUUUUUUGGAGUGCAACAAUUUGAUUGGGUUCUGAAUGUUUGUCUAGUGCAUCUUGUCAGCAAAUUGAAGCAGGGAGAGAAAAGAGCAUUGCAUGAACAUUUUUUUGUGAAUUGUUUUUGGAAGAAAAUCAAGAGGUUGAAGUAUUUUAAGUAUCUGUUUCAUUGGAAUGGAAGAUGACAGAUUUCCAACGAUAACUCGAGGACGAGUUCUUAUGAAGAAAAAGGAGGCUGAUGUAGGAUAAGACUCUGAAAGAUUUUAUUCUUAUUUUUAUGAUUCCAGAAUUAUAAAAAUAAGAAUACAAAAUCUUAAUUAGAAUUAGAAUUUUAUUUUGAAAUUAUAUUAUUAGGAAGUCUUAUUUGUGCUGCCUAUUUUGCACAUUUUCAGUUUUCUUGUUUUAACAGGAUUUAGAAUUUCUUCUAGGAAUUUUAAUUCCUUUCAUUUUAGGAUUUUAUUGGUCUUUUAUUUUAUUUUAUUUUAUUUUCAUCUUUAUAAUUUCUUGACUGGCAAGAAAUUGUCUUAUCUAUAUUCCUACCUAAGAUAGGAUUUCUCUACUAGUAUAAAUAAGGGUUGUAACCUAUUCAAUUAUUCAACUUUUACAUCAAUUAUAUUCAGAGUUUUUCUCUC